AUGUCGAAACGUUACGGCAAAGCUCACGAUACCCCCUCGAAAAGGGCCAAACUGGAUAUAACCAUAACUGCCUCCCAGCAACUCACUCGAGAGAACAAACCCUCAUCAGCAUCGAAGAAUGAAGCAGACGAUGAUGAUCCAUGGGGUGCAGACUUCAACGAUGAAGAUAUCGAGGAAAUGGAUAUCGUCGCUUCUCAAUCAAUUCAUAUUGAAAACAACGUUACAGAAGCAAAACUGCAAUCAGCUCCCGCAAAGCUACCACAGUAUCCGUCAUAUGCCAAUUCCAAACCAUCUACUAGCAGAUCCAAUACAGCUGCAAGCAGUACAGAACGAAAGAAAUUCGAACCUAAGGUUCCAUCUAAGCUUGGUUUGCAGCCAAAGGAAUCUGGCCCAAUGAACAAUAAUUAUCGUGGCAACCACUUACAAACAAGCACAUCAUAUAAAGAUAGCCAAAGACAACCGCAAAUGUCUCAGAGAAUAUCGUCCUCUGAUAAUCACAAAGAAAUGUUCAGGGACGACAAGAGCAUUAUAUUCGAUGAUUUUGCAGACCGGUUGCUGAAAGUCAAUAAUCACAACUCAACUUUUCAAUCGCAAAUUACAGGCAGGGCAGUCAAUGCUGCUAAUAAUUCUAGAGCUCCAAAUGUUCCUGGUACUAAUGAUGCGAUUAACAUUUCAGACGAUUCUAUUUUGAGGCAACUGGAAAAACUGAAGUUCGAGAAUCAAAAGUUGUUAGCAGAUUGUCUAACAAAAGAAGGAGAAGCAUUAUUUCUUCGCAAUCAACUACAACAGACACAAACUCGAGCUGAACAUGAGAAACUUGAAAAAGCACGGCAGAUUGAAGAACAAGCAAAUCAAUACCGAUCUGAACUUGAUCAGGUUAUCAAGAAAGAAGAGGUUUUAAAAACCCAAUUGGACUUCCAGUCUCUGCAGCUCAAUAAUUUGAAGGAAAGGUGUAAAUUACUGGAGUCCGGUUCUGUUAAAUUUACCCAACCACACACUGCAAGUCUUGAUUCAGAGUGUAGAAACAGAUUGAAUACAACGUUGAAUAGAUCAUCACCAGCUGUCAAAAGUGUUCACGUCAGAGAAAGUGGAAUGCAAACUGUAAAUAUUAAUUUUAGAAAUACUCACACGCUCAAAAACUCAAUAGAACUGUUUCCUCUCAGCUGCAUACCACAAUCGAUUUUUGAAUCAUCACAAUCUGAACCACCAGUAGUUGAAAUUCAGAUAAUUGAAAAAGUGGGGACAAAAAAUUUACCGAUUUUACAGGAUGAAGAAAGCGUCAGAAUAUUUGAAAAUCCAGACUUAGUAAAACCAGUAGUCACAAUGGUGAAUGAUCGCAAGUUGAACAUAGAAUUCUGUUUACCAGACGUAGCCACUUUAAUGAAGAAAACAGAUGCAGAAAUCAAUUCCUACAACACACUACCCAUGAUUAAUAAGUUCGUAGCUGUAACCCGGGAAUUGUUACUCAACACAACGCUGAUCCUGCAGAGAAUCUCUAAAGUGAUGAGAAACGAUGACAUAAGGGACAUGAAUGAUGUAUACUUUUCGGAUUUUUACAAAAUACAUGUGGAUUCCACUAAAUCAAUUUGUGAUUCAAAUGCAUGGCAUGACAGGGAAAGAGGUAUCGAAGCCAGGCGAUCCCUUGCUAUCCUAGCUUAUACCGCAUUAGUAUCAAACUAUUUAAGUGAACAUGUAGCAGGAAAGAUACCUCUAAGCUUUUUCAACGAUUCCAACUACGAAAAUUAUAUCAAACAAAUGAACAGUUACAACAAAUGGCCAAACAAAGGCUGUGAAUUUGAGAUGCUUGUACUACUUCUGGAAUUUGUUUCAACAGUUGGUUACGUGAGAAGAUCACACCAGUUCAGUGGACUCAUAAUAGCUAUCACCAAGCUUUUAAUCAAUAUAAAAGAGAAACUCAUCCAUAAUGAAAGAGGCAUAGAAUAUACCUUCAAAAUCUUGAAAGAAAUAAUUUUUUCGCGGCCUCUUCUGAUCUGCUAUAAAUACAUAACUGAACUUCUGAUGACAUUCAGUCGAUGCACAGAAUUUUGCAGAAAACUUUGCUCUGGUACAAGCAAGACAGCAGUUACAGUUUGGAAAGAUGAGCUGCAUUUUACUUCAGAUGCCUGCAUCAUGCAAAUAUACACCGCACAGCUAGAGGUUUCGCAGCCUGAUUCUAUUUCUAUGGUUGACAUUACCUAUGCACUGGUUAGUUUUGUAUACAAUAUCCUGUCUUUAAAUGACAUACCAUGGAUUUGUCAACCAGGAUAUGCAUGUAAGUGUUCAAUGAAACUAUUUGAGUUGACCCUCAAUUUUUUAUGUAAAUGCUCAAAAGUGAAUCUUGACGAACCAGUACAAAGACAGAAUUAUAAUUACAUCGCUAGUUUCAAAGACCCAUCCAACGGGUUUUAUUUGAGUAGCGAAACUAGCCAAGCUGCAGCUCACAAUACCAAAAGUUGUUCAACCACAAUAUGUUCCAACUCGGAACAAUUAGACAAAAACAUCAAGAUCCAAUCCAAACAUAAGCAACUGAUCGCAAUGCGAAAAGGUAUUAUGUUUCUGUGCUUCUUAUCCACCCGAGACCCAGAUUUCAUUAUUAGAUUAUCCGAAAUUCAAGACUCUUUCAACCUGUUUAUGCGGCAAAUCGAAUCUUUUGAUGAUCUGCAACUCAACGAGACAGAACAAGCUGCUUUGAUGACUGUGAAAUCAACCUUUGUCUAUGAUAAAACUACAUCUUUUGAAGGACGCAUUGACAAGACUCCAAAAUUCGAAGGGUUCAAAACACAUUUUGAACUGAGAGAAAAACUUUCUUGUAUGAAUACACAACAAGCUGUAAAGUUAUUUGAUAAUAGUGUAUCAACUAAUCAGGGAAAGCCUAAUAAUUCUUCAUGGCUGUCAGAAGUUAUUUCCAAAAAGCAGACAAUCAGUAGGUCAAUUUUCGAGGGCAGACAUACUGCAAAAUAGAGUGGCAUGUCAUAAGUCAUAUUUUCAAUCAGUUUCAAAAUCAGAGGUCGUGACAAGAAGGUAAGAAAAAUACUGGUAAUUAAUUGAGGUUUCUUUAGAUUUACUUGUUCCAAAUAGGUAAUUGUAAGAUCUAUGUGGUUCCCCAAGAAAGUCAUGGGAACCUGUGAUUAGGUCAUUUCUGCUUACAUAGGAAAUGAAUAAACGAGGAAUUUGUAAGAACUUAUAUUUGUGCAAAGAAUAAACACUUGUAAUUACAAUGUCAGUCAUAGAUUAUUGGCAUUUAUUUACAUUAAAUAAUCGAUAUUAUUACUUAAAAUUCAGCAACGAAUGUGACGCUCCGUAGGUUCUCACACUUGCAUAUAAUUUGAUGCUAUUGUUAUUGAAAUUUUUAAAACUUGGUAGAACUAUAGUUGUUUUAAGCAAUUUUAGCAUGUGCAUAAUAUUUCUUAUUAUGAUUUACCAAUUACUUACUGGUGACAGUAUGACAGUUUUAAAGGCAUGGGUCACCCGAAAGCGACAUCCAAAAUGAGAUGAGGCAAGUGGUGCUUGUGUCUGGAAAUGUACAUAGAACAAAAUCAUAGUAUAUUUUAUUAUAAUAUAGAAUAAUGUUUUGUACUUUGAAAAUUUUGAGUUCAAUUUUAUAACAUAACUCGUUUUUAAAAUAAAAUAUUUUAGGUAUAUCUAUUUCCAA